CAUGAAGAAGAAUUUUUGUAAGAUUUGUUUACAUUUAAGUUUUACGUUUCAGCACAAAAUUUGUGAAUUUUUCAAUAAAAAUUUAAACUUCUCAACUUUUUACAAUAAUAAAUACAUUAUUCGAAAAAAAAAUGCAUGAUUAUGCAAAAAAGAAAAAACAAUUGUUUUGGAGUCGCAAAAUGAUUGAAAUGUUUAUAGGACUUUACAAAGAGAGCGUAUGUUUAUACGACAUUAGCCACCAAGAUUACAAUAAUAAUACAGUAAAGACGUCCGUCUUAGCAAAUAUCUUACAAAAAAUGCAAACAUUUUUACCUAAUUUGGAAUUGAAGGAUGUUCUAGAUAAAAUAAAAGUAAUUCAUGGUCAACUUUCUGAAGAGAUUUCAUAUGUUGAUGCAGGUGAAGCAUCGGGCAACACUUAUGCACCCAAAAUGUGGUGUUUUGAUCAGCUCAAGUUUUUACAUCAACACAUAAGAGAUUGGACGGCAGAUGGUAAUUUGAACGAGAUAAAUAACUUUUUGGAAGAUAGUCAUAAUGAUGAUCCGGAUGAUGAUGAUGAUCACAGUGAUGAUACUGAUGUUUUUCUUAAAACAAUAAUAAAUAAUUUAAAACCUGCGCCAAUCUAUAAGUGGGAACGAAGCGAAACGAAGAUUUUUAUUAAACUACUUGAAGGAUAUACAAUUUUGUAUGACCCCAAGCACAAACACUAUAGUCAUCCCGAAUUAAGGAGGAAAGCACGUAUUAAACUGCUGAAAGAAACGAGAAAAAUUGAUCCAAAGAUCAGUAUGAAAAACGUGCAUACUAAAAUGACUAAUCUGCGUAAAGCAUACACCACCGAACUGUGUCGUUUUAAAAAAUCACAAGAAAAUAAUGAAAUUUUUAAUUCCAAACUGUGGUGUUUUGAAAUGUUGGAUAAUUUAUAUAAGCACAAAAUCAAUACAACAUCCAACUGUAAACCGAAAAACGAAGCUGCAGUGAAUGAUGCAUAUUUACAUUUUCAGGUUGAUGACGAUGGAAAAAAUAUACAACCAUCAGUAACUAGCUGCGAUUACAAAGAAUACUGUGAUAAUACUGAAACCGAUUUUAAAGAAGCAAAUAAACUAACAAAGACUAAAUGUAGCACAAUAGCAGAAAAUAGUAAUAAAAGAAAAAAUAUGGGCGGAGAAGAUGCAAAUUAUGAAUGGCUUGGUGAUUUAGUUGUAUCAAAACUUGGAGAAAUGUCUACAAAAUCUCAUACCGAAUUCGCUUGGGAUGUUCAAUGUUUAAUACGUAAAUAUGUUCUGAAAAGCAAAACAGACAAUGAAGAAAUAUCGUCGUCAACUUCAUCAUCAGCACCGACAUCUGUCACAAAUAACCAGAAACAAAGAAGUAUACCCCACAAUAUUGCAAUACCACGAUCUUCCAAUGUUUCAUUUAAUAUCAGUUUUGUGUGAACAAGUAUAUUUUGGUACUUUAUCUUUUCGGAAUAGAGGAUGUAUGUAGAAUAAUUCUGGAAUAUUAUAUGUACAUACAUACAUACAUAUAUUUUUGGUUUUAAGCUAAAUUAAUAAAAAAUCUUUUAAUAAAUUUAUACAAUUGUCCAAUUCACAAUCGGUAUCUAGCGUUGUAUGUCAUAAAUAUUGUUCAAACUAAUUUUUCGAAACAAAACAUUAAUAAAAAAAAUUACGACAUACAACCACAAAGUAUACAGAGGCGACACGGCAAAAAAAUAUAUUUGUCUCUUUCGCUCGAAACAAUUUCAACUGGUUUGGUUUUGUGUAUAUUUAUAUAGUUGUUUGUUUUAACACACUGUCUGUAUUAAACCGCAAAUUUGUUUUCUCUUUCUAUCGAAACAAUUUCAAAAAAAGCUGAUUUUAGUGUUUUUGAACUGUCAAAUUUGACGCCUCCAGUCGUAAUUCAGCUCUGGGUGGAGAAAGAGCUCGCGCGUCAUUGUCAUUAUCGCUUAAGGGCAAUCAGGCCGUCCCUUUUUCGCUGCCUUCGAGAGUUUUGCGGCUCACUCUCGCAUUGGAUAAUGUUUGGCGUCGUCUAACUGUACCGCGUUACAGUUUCUCGAAGUUUACAUUGUCCACAUGCAAUCGUUUUUGGUUUUCAUAACCUAACUUUUUAAUAAAUGAUUUAAAGUUCCAGCUUCCUAUAUGAAGAUAUAGGUCGACUGGGAACUACAAAUCAACGUGGGAUAACCUGGCAAUUUGAGAGUUUUUCAACUCCGCCAACCAAAUUUAAAUUCUAAAAAAAAAAAAAAAAUUUGACGCCUCUGUAUACUUUGUGAUACAACGAUAAGACACCGAUUGUGAAUUGGACAAAUAUAUUUACUGUCAGUAAUUUCGAAAAUUUAAAAAAAUCAAUUACACUCUACUCGACAGCCAAAAAACUAUACGUAUUAAAAGAAGUGUUUUUUAUUAAAAAUAGCCUAAUUCGACGAUAUUUAAAGGUAGCGCAAUAAUAUUUUAAAGCUUUUUUUAUACCUUUCUCCAUGAGUGGCAAGGGUAUAUAUAAGUUUGUCAUUCCGUUUGUAAUUUCCAUAUUUUUCAUUUGCGACCCCAUAAAGUAUAUAUCGUCACCUAAAAUAAAGUAACAUCACUUUUCAUAAGUUUAUAGGAGAAGCAAAAAACGAUAUAAAAUGAAAACUACUUGAGAUAUUGAAACAAA